GUUACUUUUAAAUAAAACUAUCUCGAAACUGCAUUCAAUGCGUUAUUAUUUUACAUAACAAACGAUAAAAGAACAAUAAUAAUUAAAAAUGGCGAUUUGGGCACCCGUAAACCGUGCCUUUUUCAAGAGAACAUCGACAUAUUUCCUUGUGGCGUCCCUGUGCACAUUUUUCUUCGAAAGGGGCGUCGAUGUGAUCUCCCUGUAUAUAUUUGAGAGCUUGAACCAGAACAAACUGUGGAAGGACGUCAAAGACAGGUUUAAAAAGAAAGAAAAAGUAGAGGAAAAGAAGAUUUGUUAAUAAAUUGUGUUUUUGAGGUUA